UUACGAAAACCUACAAAGUUUUCGUUUUUUUCUUUCUGAUUACAAAAUUAUGCUUCAACAAUUUAUCACGCUCGAUCUUCAACAUUCCCCUCAACCAACUGACUCCUUUGUUAGGUGAUUGGUUGGAUUUCCUAUACAAUAAAUAAUAGAAGAGCUAAAAGAAGGUUUAUUUUCUCUGGGACAGUAUUUUUACCUUAUAAUACGGCAACGGGACUUCGACGGGCGGCCGGAUAUUUUUGAAUACGCACAGGUGCCAAACGAUUUGGAACAAUAUGCAGGAUCCGAUCGGUUCGAAUUUAGAAGCAUUGAAGCUACAAUCCGACAAUGCGGAAUUGGCAAAGGCAUACUGGUCGAUUGGUAAUUAUUCACAGGCAAUUUUCCACGCAAAAAAAUCGGUAUUACACAAACCUACAGAUUGGUUAUGGAUCGACUCCGUUAUCACAGCGUUCAUGAAUCCAAAUUACAAUUACUACAACGAAGCAUUAGAAGUAUUGGAUGCCGUGAUUAACAGGUUAGAUACAAUAAAACACACGAUACCAAAUACCGAGUGGAAUCAAAUACAAUCAUUAUAUCGACGGCGAGCAUUGGUUAAGCAAUAUCUUAACAGAUACGAGGAUUCUAUUGAAGAUCUCAUAAAUAUUAUCGUAGUAGCUUGUGCAAAUUUUCAAUUUGUAGAUUUAAUAGAUCAUAUACUAGGAUGUUGCAACUUUUAUGGCUAUUGCAUACAAAAUUACGUGAAUGUUCAGCAAACUGUUACUUUAUUAAACGGUUUACAACCUCAUUCUUUCGUAAAUUCUCCUAUACCAAGUUUCUUCAUGGAUCCUGAUUUUGUUCUCGGGGGUUUAUUACCUUACCUAUUCCCAUUUGCUCAUGGAUAUCUGCCUGGUCACACUUUUAUAAUUAGUUUACAUGAUCGUGAGUAUGCACAAAAAGAUGCCGCUUUAGGAUUCCUUGAAAUUUCAAAGGCAUUUGAAGCAGAUCCAGUAAAAUGUUCAAAAUUUUUAAAUGCAACACCAAUGCGAUCAAUAUCUUUACUUCUGUUAUAUAUGUCAAUUGCAACAUAUCCAACAACUGAGUCAUUUCUUUUUCUUGCAGAAGUAUUGACUAAAAUUUCUGAUUCAGUUACGAUGGGUCAAGAAAUCCUUGAUGGACCAAAUUUAGCUUUGAAAUUUUUAUACAAGGCAGUUUUUUUUGAUCCCAAUAAUCCAGAUAUUUAUAUGGCGAUGGCGGAUAUUUACUGGCGCCAAAAUAAUUUAAUCGAGGCUACUUUUAUUUAUCAAAAGAUAUACGGAAGAAACAAACCCCACGAUGAAGAAAUAACAAGAAGAUACGUUUUAGGAUGUAAUGUUACUGGAGAAAAAUGCAGGAGUGAAGGAAGAUGGGAAGAGGCUUUAAGACUAUUUGAAACUGCUUACACAAUCAAUCCAGAUAACACUGAUGCUUUGACAUUUUAUUCGCAAGCGCUCAAUUCAGUUUGCGAUUGGUCAAAACGGGGUGGUGUUGGAGUCUUCUAUGUAGAUCAAUGCAAUACAUUGAUGUUCUCUAACAUUCCUAAAAAAGUCGGAAUGAUGGGAAGAGUAUCUGAUGUUGUUGACAACUUUAUAAAGGAGGGGGCAAAGUUUGGUGAAGGAAUUAUUCAACAAUUUGGAGGGUUGCAUAAACUCUUCAAUUUUCUUUGCGUUGGACUUAAUUCCGAUGACCCAUGCUAUAAAUGGUUAAAAGCAAGGGCUGAUUUGAUAGCUUCUACAAAAAAUCCACCGAGUUUAAAAAAUGAAGGCGGGUUUAUAUUAAGACUUAUUAACAAAUUAACACGUCGUGUGCAACAUCGUUGGUACAUUGAAUAUUAUGGGAAUCAAAUUAUUUCACAGACUUCUCAGGUAGCAAUUUGUAAAAGUGGUGAUAAAUAUAAUGAAAAAUAUCUUCGUCCAAAAGUUCCACCCGGUUUACCACAACCUUCGCCAAGUCCUGUACAGCCAUGGUAUACAUUUACUUAUGAUCUUAGUCCAAAGCAAAUAAGAUUAGUCAGUCACCGUCAAGCAUUACAUAUUGCAUAUGAUGCAUUUACUGCCAAUUGGCUCCCAGAUACCGUUUUUCCUCCACCGCCACCGCCAUCUCCAAGAAUUAAAGUUGGAUAUGUAUCAUUUGACCUAAAAGAUCAUCCACUUGCUCAUUUAAUGCAAUCAGUUUUUGAACUUCAUAACAGACAGCAUUUUGAGAUUUAUGUUUAUGCAUUAAAUCCUGAUGAUGGUUCUGCAUAUAGACAAAAAAUUAUGACAGGUUGUGAUCACCCUAGAGAUUGUAGCGGAAGCUCAACAAAAGAUAUAUGUGAUCAGAUCAUUCAAGAUGGCAUCCAUAUAUUGAUCAACUUAAACGGAUAUACAGCAGGAGACCGUAAUCACAUUUUUGCUGCUAGGCCUGCACCUAUUCAAAUGCAACAUAUGGGCUUUGCAGGUACGAUGGGUGGUCUUUGGACUGAUUAUAAUAUUGUUGAUGAUAUGAUUGUUCCACCUCUGUUGACAAAUGAAGAAGCAUUUAAACGCAAAACAAAACAUCACGUGGGUGAUAUUUGUGAAGAGUUAGAUCCUGAAGAAGAUGAUGAUAAUAUUUGGGUAUACCCUGAGAAAAUUCUCAGCCUUCCAGAUACCUACUUUGUAAAUGAUCAUAAACAAGGAUUCCGUGAUGAUCAACACAUAAGAGGCACAGUUUUUGCAACUCGUGCAGAUAUCCAAUGGACUCUUGAGGAAGACAAACGUUGGAAGAUGCGACAACAACUAUUUCCAGGUGUUCCCGAUGAUUGGGUGAUUUUUGCAAACUUUAACCAAUUAUAUAAAAUUGACCCAGUUAUAUUCAAGGUGUGGUUGGAGAUUCUUGCACAGGUACCUAAUUCUAUCCUAUGGUUAUUAAAAUUUCCUGCGGAUGGAGCCAAGAAUUUGUACAGCACCGCUUUACAAUGGGCUGGUAUAGGGGUUGCAACCCGCAUUCAUUUUACAGAUAUAGCUGGUAAACAUGAUCACAUUCUUCGUGGAAGAGUUGCCGAUUUAGUUUUAGACACACCACAAGUAAAUGCGCAUACUACAGCGUGUGAUAUUUUAUGGUCUGGAACUCCAAUCUUAACGCUCUGCGGUAAUGAUCAUAAAUGGUGCUCGAGAGUUGCUGCCUCAAUAUGCAAAGCAACCGGGUCCGGUGAUAAAAUGAUUGCCAAAGAUCAUGCUGAUUAUGAACGAAGGGCGAUCGAGCUUGCCAGGUCCGUAAGGUAUAAUUAUUGGCAACCUAAUUUUCCACAUUUUAUGCCCCCGCAAGUUCAUCGAAGUGGGGUUGGUGAACUUAUUGAAUUGAGGAAAAAACUCUUUCUAAAUCGCGAUAAUAUGAGGCUUUUUGAUACCCAAAGAAUUGUAUCAAAUCUUGAAAAAGGUUAUGCUAUGGCUUGGGAAUUUUGGGUUUCUGAUAAUGAAAAGAAUAUCAAGGUAUUAUGAAAAUGGAAAAGGAAGAAUUAAUUAAUGACCAAGUUUAGUUUAAUUGAUUAUAUGCAAAGAAUUUAUUUAAUUCCCUUUGUAAAACUCUUUUGGAAGAUUAUAGGAAAAUGUGUAAAAGAAUAAGGAUAUUAUUUAGUUGUAUAACAAAGGUAUUGUUGAACCCGCAUUACUUCAUUUAACAAGGCUUCAAAAAAAAUUUUUUUUUCUCUCUCUCUUUAGUAAUAAAAAAUUUCGAUGAUCCUAUAAUUUAUAGGACUUGUAAAUACUAAAUCUUUAACCUACGAAGAAAUUUUUUUAUUAAUAUUGUAGUAAGAUAGAAUCAUUACAAAACGUUUUUUUUUUUCAAAUAUUAACUGCAUUUUUCAUUAUAUUCUUGCGAAUAUCAUACCAAUAGAUUCAGUAUAAAUUUUAUUUUUUUUAAAAAAAAACCUUUAAUUUAAAAUCAAUGUAAUUUU